AUGCUCUGUACAGACCUAGGAAUUCUUACAGUUCUUCUGUUAUGGGAGUCGACUCAGAACAAAGAUACCAGCAACACCAAGAUUGAUACAGAGAACAAGACUGCCAUAAUGGAGUUCAUCCUGGUUGGACUAUCUACAACUGCUGAAAUAGAGACAUUUAUGUUCUGGGUAUUCAUAUUCAUCUAUGCUACAGCCCUAAGUGCAAAUUUGCUCCUCAUCCUUACCAUAUGCACCUUUAGGAAACUACACACACCCAUGUAUUUCUUCAUUGUCAAUUUGUCCUUAGUGAAUGUAUUCUCUAUAUCAGUUACCACACCUAAAUUGCUCCAGAGUCUUUGGACUGGAAGAAAGACCAUCUCGUUUUAUGGUUGCUUUACUCAGGUCUUUCUUUUUUUAUUGGGGUUUGGGAAAAAGCUUCUGCUUCUCUCCUUUAUGGCUUUUGAUCGCUAUGCUGCUAUCUGUCAGCCUUUCCGGUACCCCAUGAUCAUGAAGAAGCAAGUGUGCUUCGACAUAGCAAGUGUUGUUUGGAUUUUUGGAAUGGUCGAUUCUGCAAUACAUGUUGGUCUUAUGAUGCAUCUCUCUUUCUGUGACUCCAAUAUUAUGAACCAUUUUUUCUGUGACCUUCACCCAUUAUUGCACCUCUCAUGCUCAGAUGCAACUCUAAAUGAGUUUGUCGUAUCUGCCGCAGCUGUGAUAUUUGGGAUAUGUAGUGGUGGGUUGACUCUAACAUCAUAUUUUUUAAUCCUAAGAGCUAUCUGCAGAAUCCGUUCCACUGAAGGGAAGAAGAAAGCAUUCUCCACCUGUUCCUCACAUUUUAUUGUCGUCAGUAUUUUCUACUCCUCAACCAUCUACACCUACAUCAGACCCUCCUCAAACUACUCUCUUGAUCAAGAUAAGCUAAUUUCUCUCCUUUAUACAGUUGUAACUCCUGUUGUGAAUCCGGUCAUAUAUUCACUGAGAAACAAGGAUUUUAAGGAAGGACUGAGAGCACUCAUAGCCAGA